AUGGUGGCGCCGGGGCAGCUGAGCAGGCUGUACAGCACGGCCAGUGGCGCCAGCCUCGCAGGCGGGACGGUCACCAACCCCGACAGCAAGACCACCAUCCUGGCCAUCUCCAGCAUCCUGCUCAACAUCGUGCAGGAGGACAGCAAGUUUUCGGAGGAGCGGUACUUCCCGGACAAGCCCUUCCUGAGCGAGGAGCAGGUGGCCAUGCUGCGGGCCCCGCCCACCCUCGAAAACAUGUUCGAGUUCAUCCAGACCUUCCAGAGCUGUGCGCGCUUCGGCCCGGAGUGCUGCAUCGUGGCCCUCGUGCUCAUCAACCGGUUCUUCAACCAGAGCGGGUCACCCCUGCUGCCCUGCAACUGGCGCCCGCUCGUGCUCUGCGCGCUGAUGCUGGCCCAGAAGGUCUGGGAGGAUAAGCGCAUGGAGAGCAUGGUGGACUACUCCUACAUCUACCCUUUCUUUUCGGCCCACGAGAUCAACGCGCUCGAGAAGAAGUUCCUGACGCUGAUCAACUUCAACGUCUACAUCAAGAGGGCCGUCUACGUCCGGUACUACUUUGAGCUGAGGGCGGUGGUCAAGAACGACGAGGACUUCCCGCAGCCCAUCGACACGGUCACCGCAGCCCAGCUCGACAAGUUCUCGGGGCACCUGCAGGAAACAUUCCGAGCCAACCACCAGGUCAAGACCGAGAUGCCCAAACGCUUGUGA